GCGACCGACCCAGCUUUGGAUCGGGCUAGUCGAUAUUUCUACCACAGCAGGAGCCGUUUACAACAUGCAGAUGAUACAGCAAAGGUUUCAUCAGGCACGAGUAGUCUCAUGCAGGCAACUGGCGUGCCCAAGGGUCCAUGGUAUGGCACAGCCACUUGUGGUGCGGAGCGCGAAUAAUGGCGCACCGCAAACAGCCGAGCAACCAUCGACGUCGACUGGGGCUGAGGUUGAUCUCGAGAAAGAGGUGACCAAGUUAACCAGGCAGGCAGCAGGGACCUUCGCGCCCCGGUCGUCGACGAAGCAGAAGAACCCUGCGGUGAAGGGCAGCGUACUGUACGACAUCUUUGAAUACCAAUCAUGGAUCUGCCUGGUGGCCGGUGGUCUACUUUCCUUUAAUAUUAUCUGGCCAACCGAUGAGCCAAGCAUCCCUCGUUUGCUGGGCAUGUGGUCCAUCUGGAUGUUUACAAUUCCUUCGCUUCGUGCCAAGGAGUGCACAGCCAAGGAGAAGGACGCGCUUAACAUCCUGUUCCUCCUGGUGCCGCUGAUGAACGUGACGCUGCCAUUUGUGUGGAAGAGCUUCGCAUUCAUCUUCACGUCCAACGUAAUUGCUCUAGGCGCUGUCUACUGGUGGAAGGGCGUGUGGAAGGAGGUAUACGGUCUGCCGUUUGCGUACUCGGGCGCUGUUGAAGCGCCUGCGACGGUAGCAAGAGAUAGCGGCAGCAGUGAUGGCGCGGGUGGCGGCAGCGAUGGCAGCGCUUAAGGAAAGGCCAACGUGGAGAAAUGGCAUUGGGAUUUGCACUGUAUAUAUAACCUCCCUGCGGUGCUCCUGAGUUACACGGCUUUCAGGGAUAGGGCUCGCUGUGUAACGACUCGACGGGAAUUCCAAUGCUGCGAUCCGAGGGUUAUUUGUAAAGAAUAAAUUCCCUGCAGGAUUGUAAAGCCAGGGGAGCUGCCAUACCUACCUUUGCGUGCACUGGCCUAGUGGGAUAUAUGAAGUAGGCCAUAUGAAAGCUACGUACUGGUUGUUCCCCGAGGCCUUGGACGGCGGACAGUACUGUUGCCUGGCAGCUGUUGGGACCGGCACCGGGCCUUGAAUGUGAUCCGGGUUUGCCAGGGUGCAUUGGCUGAAAAAUGGCUUAUGUUGUGAAGCAAGUUCGUGGUGAUGGUUUAGGCCACGUUAUUGCGCGGAUUACAUAUCUAGUAGAAUGACCCGAAGGAUGCAAAUGCGUGCAGGACGCACCGCAGCGCUGAAGUACGGCAAUAUGUAUUCCAGUCCUGCCGUACGGAAGGGACCUAGGUGUAAAGCAACACGCACCCG